CCAAAAUGGAGAGUAAAGGCAAGCAAGCGUAUCAUGUUAGCAGGGCAGUUCAAUAAGUAAACGAACGAAAAAUUAAGACGCUUCGUCAUCUUGUAUGCAGACAAUUUGGCAACAUGGACAAGCAAUAUUCAAUACAGUUUUUCACUAAGUUUGUGGAAGCGAUGCAGAAGUUCUGCCGAGACUAUAUUGAAUUUGAACAGGCAGUGGAGCUGAGUGGCUACCUUUCUCUGGAGAUAGACAAUUACAAGAAGGAGAGAUAUGUUCUCAGUGAGAUGGUUCACAGUACUGGUGAUGUGAUCAGUGAGAGUUACUGUGUGAAAGCCUUCAAGACUAUGAAACGUUUACCUGUCAGGAACUCUAAUUCAGACAGUGUGCUCAGAGACCAUACAAACACUCGGAGAUCAUCUGGUUCUAGAGAUCUCCAGGACAGUCCAGAUCAUCAGACCUCAUCAUACAACUCACGGACAGCCACAGCAGGUUAUUCCAUCACCAGUUCUUCUCCAGCAUCUUCUCAUCGGCAUAAUGUCCCUUCAAGCAGGAGACCGCCGUCAUUCGCAGCAGGUGGGCCUGGUCAGAUGGGCGAAGGACAGAAUCGUCCAAUGAACAUUGCAAUGCAGAUUCAACCAAGACAGUCCCAAUUUUCUAGUUCAGGCAUGUCAUGUGAUGAUGCUGUGAUAGUCUCGGUUCAGACAGGUGAUACAGUCAUGGGUUCCAUGGGGAGAUCUAGUGAUAACGCAGUCCGAGCACAAAAGAGAAACAUUCCACAAUCAGAAGAGUCGCCCAUUCAUAAAAAAGACAAGCUGGACACUGAUAUUGAAUCGCUGUACAGUGCAGCCACUAGUAUUGUUCCUACCUCUGAAUCGGAUGUUAUGAAAGAUAGUUACUCGACUACGCCGGGACCCAGUACAUCACAAAAUGACUUGAACCCCAGUGUGUCCGAGCCCUCACAGUCAGCAGAUGGGAAGGAGCACUCAGAGAGUAUACGUUUACCCAUCCCAGAAUCAGUGACUAUUAAAGAGGAGAAUGACAUUGUGUUUUUAGACAGUCCGCAAGAUGACUCGAACAAUGACUUUGAUGGUUCUCAGAUGGAAGGUGGUUACGGAAUGGAUGACAGUUCUCAUGGUUCACAAGGAGCUAUGGGUGGAACCGCAGAAGACCAAGAAAUGAACGCUCACACUGCCAGAAAAACAAAAGCUCAUGUCAAGUUAUUUCAGAGUGAAAUGCAAGAUGGGAGUUUUAUGAAAAUUACCUUCAAUGAUGAUGACGACGACGACGUUGUUGAUGAUGAUGACGGUAAUGAUGAUGGUGGCAGCGAGAAAGCAUGGGCUGAGCCAAAGAAACCCACCCCAGAGGAGAUCCCCGAGACAAAGAAUGACGAUGGUCCUGAUACAAGUUCCGGUUCACAUUUGACAUAUACUAAUGUGGAUCGACUUGGUGUCACACAUGUGUAUGAGAAGGAUGUAGAGACGCUUUAUGUGCCAACCUCCGUGGAAGACUCCCCAGAACAUGAAAGCAUUGUGGAUAGGGUUUAUAGAGUACAAGUCAGCAAAUGUCCUCAGUGUGACAAAACCUUUGCGAGGAAGGACAGCUUGAAGCGCCAUCUACGCAGUCACAUGGGAGCGAUGUCUCACUGUGAGGCCUGCAACCGCCAGUUCUGGACGGCUGCCGAGCUUCGAAGUCACAUCGCAGUGAAGCACCAGGGCGAGCGAUUCAUCUGCAACAUCUGCAGCAGACAGUACCAGACCAAGUACGGACUGAAGCUGCACAUCGACGAGCACAACAAGCAGUACAGGUUCAUCUGUCCCUUCUGCAGCAAAGGCUUCAACUACCGGUCCCAGUUCGAGGGACACAUGCACGGCCACCAGGGUCUGAAACCGUUUAAGUGCACCAAGUGCUCCAAGUCGUACUCCCAGUCUAGUCACCUGUCUCUACACAAGAAGGUGUGCGGUCUGCUGGGGAAGAAGCACGGCUGUCCACAGUGCGGCAAGACGUUCAAGCUGCCAAAGUACCUGAAGGAACACCAGAAGAUCCACAGCGAGCCCAGCAAGCUGACCUGCCCUGUCUGCGGGGUCAUCUUGUCCUGUGGAGGGGCACUGCACAACCACAUCUCCAGGCAGCACCCCAAUGCAAACCUUAAAGCACUGAAGAGUAAUGCCAAUGAUCCAAAGGUGAACCCGAACGAAUCCAAAGUAAACCUGAACGAAACCAAAGUAAACCUGAACGAAACCAAAGUACAAGCCACUGAAGAGAAAGCUGACCCCAGUGAACAAGAAGUGAAGCCUGAGAAAACCGAUGAAAAACCAAAUGAACCAGAAGUAAACCCUGAUGAAGCGGAAGUAGAUUCACAAGAAAUAAAAAUAAAAACUGAACCGCCUGAUGAUGAUUAGAAAUGUUUGUUUUUGUAUGAGGACAGGGAUGUGGAGAGGUCAUGUUAGGGAUUUGUUCAGUUAAAAACAUACUGUAUUAAUUCAUUGCGGGUGUAAAACUUGUUUUUUCUCCUCCCCUCUUAGGCCCACUUUCAAUUAACUUGAUUUCACACGCGUUUCCAAAAGUGAGUUUAAUAGUACACUUUUCAUAAACGCGAUUGCAGUGUACUGAAAACAAGUUGAUGGAUGAAUGAUUUUUACACACUUGAAUAUUUCAGCACCAUGAUGUGAUAAUGUGAAGUAUUUACUUCUGGCUUUAAAGUAUCUUCAACCAAUGCAGAUAUGGAAAAUCAAAUAAACUGCACAUGUAAUUGUGUUAAUGGAAAGUGAGUCUAAGAAUGAAUGUGAGUGCAGUGAAUAAAGUGGAAAUAACAUGGAGAGAAUCGUGAUCUCGGUAUCACUGGCUGUUACAGAACCGAUCACCUGGUGUCAGUGGGAAGUGCUCUUGUUAUUUUAGGUCUGUUGGGUCAGCUGCAUUUUCUCGUAUUAAUACUUUAUUUAAAAGUUAAUUUUACAAUAAAUUUUAAACCAGACAAAAAAAAAAGAAGUAAAAAGUGAAAUGUUGUAGUUCACUCUAAGGAGAUCACAUUACAUAUGUUUUAAUUUCAAAAACAGACUAAAUUUUAAGUUUAUAAUUUUUUUUAAAAUGGUACAUUAAAAUUGCUUUUAGCUAAAACUAAAAAAUUACCCUGAGCUAACUCCCUUGAAUAGUAAGAUAAUUCAUACGACUUUCCCUGUCUGCAGCUUGGUGUUGUAUGUACUGAAAGGAUUAAAAAUGUGUUGUGUAUAAAUAAUGAUGUCAUCCUUGUAUUUCAAAUAAACUUUGGAACAUGUGUAGAUAUUUAUAAGAUGCUUUGUGGCAUUUAUAAUGAAAACAACAGUAGGAGUAACAUUUGUUUACUCAUUGUUGGGGAUACAAAGUAUACAUUAAAACACUGUAGAAUCUCGUUGGGUUGAACUUGGAAGGGUUGAAGUCACCGCAACUCUCGAAUCAUAAACAAAGUCCCGAGUUACAUGUACACAAUGUUGACUGAAUGGAUAGGUUGAACUACCCGAUGGGUCGAACACUUUCUCGAGCACAUAUGGGUAUAUUUAAACUGUAUAGGUUGUAGUUAAUAAUUCUAUAAUAAAGUUAAUGUUUAAAUACAAAAUGAUACCGUGAAGCAGGUGGGUAUGUAUACAAAACGGUUGUUUCCAGCAUCACAUAAUGAGCACUUCUGUAACAGACCUGGCCUGGUGUUUAUAAAACGUUUAGAGUCUAGACUCAAACUCUAAUAGAGUCUAAUACACUAAUGCCAAUACAAUACCAUGUAAAUUGUAUAGGUGUGAUGUCAUUAAAGAUGGGAGUCUGGACUCCAAGGACUGAAUUUAUGAAGCCUGUUUUUCUUAGAUGUGGGUGUUUAAGCAUUGUAAAUGUAUGUAGUUACAUGAGUACAAGACAUAAACAAGCUUUGUAAAUUGGGCCCUAAACGUUUUAUAAACACGGGGCCCAGAUUUUACUGGGCUUCCACAUUGAAUAAGCACUGUUGAUUAUGCACUGGAGGACAUCUAACCUGGGAAGUUCUGUCUCAUUAUAGGAACAUACAGUGGAGAGUAGGCAGGAUCUAAUCUGCUCCGCAUUGUGUCACAUUUUGUACGUUGGUUGAAUACAUCUUAGACAGGACCACUGAGAAUAAAUUACUAACUAAAAGAAAAGCUGCGACUCCAUUGGGAAAUGUUUUAUUGCUUGUGAUACAGUAUUUCUAUUGACAUAUAUUGAUCAUGUUACAAUAUGUUUUUUUUGUGGGGUUGUUGGUUUGGGAAACUUUGGGUUUUGGGGUGGGGGUUUUUAAUUUCAUUUUAUAAGCAUAUAGCUAAAAAAAACCAAGUUAAGUUUAAGUAUUGGCAUAAUAUUGAUAGUUUAGUUUAGUUUAGUUUAGUUUAGUUUAGUUUGAAUUCAAAGCUACCCAAUUCUUACGGGGCUUAUUUUUAGGAUCUAUACUGAUUUUUGUUAUUAUUUUCUUUAAUUAACAUGUUGAUGUUUUUGUUUUUUUCUAAUAUAUAUAGAUGUAAUUACAUGUCCAUGUAACGGAAAUUAACUGUAUAUUGUAUAAUUUUGAAAGGUAAUGUUUGUUUUAUUUUUCUUGAACGAGUGCACUGAAUCAUAGUCACACUAAAUGGCAUUUAUGUUAUUUUCCUUCUUUUUUAAUUUUAAGAUAAAAGAGUGGGAAAAUUGUUUAUUUUAUUUUUUAUUGGUGAAGGGAUUAAUGUACAAAAACCUUUAAAAAAACCUUUAAUUUUGUUUUUUGAAUUUGGUGUACACAUUUUGUAUUAGUUUUACAUUUAGGUUCUUGCAUGCUACCUUACUUGAUUCAGUUGGUGAUUUUUUUUGUGUGGAUUUUCCAGUCAACAAUGUCCAUUGAUAAUUAUGCUUAUACAUCCAUUUUAAAUGUUUACUUCUUCCUGUUUUCUCUAUUGAUAUACACAUCAUUAUACAUGUAUAUACACCAAUGUAAGCUGAAAUAGUAUUGUGUAAAUGUUUCUGAUCUGUAAUCUUUGAUAUCCGGUUUUUUCUUAUUUGAAUGUAAUAGAUAGCAUGAUAUCUUUGCAUGCUUACCUUACAAUUGUUGUCAAAUACCAAAGGUAUCAGAAAUAAACCAUGUUUAACAAUGUGACAGACCAUCAGUAUGUAGAAUGAAGUUUAUAUGUUUGUUAUGAAUGUGGGUUAUUUAGUUCAUUUGAGAAAUUUGACUUCAUUCUGUUGAAUAUUUGUAGCUUAAAGGGACUUGAUCAUUUAUCCACUUUCUGCCCUUAGUAAUAUAGUUCUUUCAGUGAUCUUCUUUCUGGCCCAUUUGUCUUUGUAAACAUAACAAUUGUAAAGAGUAAAUUAUAAUAAAAUUUCACAUACGGGAAAUAUCAUCUUCUCUUGUCCAGUACUCUCCUUAUUCUGUGUGAAAUACAAGCCUAGAACUGUUUCAUUUUCUUGUCUGUCAGACCAUAAAAAGAAUAUCCAUUCAGGUUGCUAAAUUAGUUUAUUUUUUUACCUUUUGUACAGCAACAAUAUGGCUAUGACGUGAACGUUAGUGGUAGAUCCAGAAUCAUCUUCAAGUGAAACGAUGUGAAAACACCAAUCACUGAUGGGCAUAGACAUUCUCUUGAUUCUCUGAAAUUGAAUUUUGGAUAUUUUAUGAUUACUUUUCAUCAAAGACUUACAAAAACCUUUGUAAAUUUGAACUCCAACACUUUGAAGAUCAAGUUGCAAGCAAUUGUUUUAAUUGAGUGAUGGUGGUCAUGUGGCCUUUCAUCUAGAUCUACCACUAUUACCUGGUAUAAUGGAGUCUGUUAAAGCUACACUGUUGUUAGCACUGCAUGUAAUAUAAACGUUGAUGUAGAAUCUGUAAUCAGUUAGCCAUAUAACCAAUAUAUAUAUAUAUAAAUGUGUAUAUGUCUUGUUAUUAUAAAAUAGUCAACUCUUACAAUUACUAGUAUAUAUAUAUAUAUCUACUUUCCCUUGUAAUUUUUUUUAGUCAAUAAAAUAUGUUGCAGCUU